AACACGUAACGGCAUCACGGUAGCAAAAUGGCGUCGGGCAGUGGGUCUAAGAAUGAUUUUCGACGCAAAUGGAACAAAGAUGAAUAUGAACAGCUGGCUCAGAAACGCCUCACGGAAGAGAGGGAUAAGAAAGAUGGCAAGCCUGCUCCCCCUGUCAAACGGGAGCUUCUCCGCCACAGAGAUUACAAAGUGGAUCUGGAGUCAAAACUGGGAAAAACUAUUGUUAUCACAAAGACCACGCCACAGGCGGAGAUGGGAGGGUAUUACUGCAAUGUCUGUGAUUGUGUAGUAAAGGAUUCCAUAAACUUCUUAGAUCAUAUCAAUGGCAAAAAGCAUCAGAGAAACUUGGGAAUGUCCAUGCGUGUAGAGCGCUCCUCAUUAGACCAAGUUAAAAAACGGUUUGAAGUGAACAAGAAGAAGCUGGAGGAGAAGCAGAAGGAGUAUGAUUUCGAAGAACGAAUGAAGGAGUUGAGAGAGGAGGAGGAGAAAGCAAAAGCCUACAGAAAAGAGAAGCAAAAGGAAAAGAAAAGGAAGGCAGAAGAAGAGCUGGGCUUUGAAGAUGAUGAUGAAAUGGCUGCCGUGAUGGGUUUCUCAGGGUUUGGUUCCUCCAAGAAAGGCCAUUGAUUUGUUUCUUUUGUAGCUGUUUGCUCACUAAGGCCUUCAUAAUUCAACAUCCUUGACACUGACUCCAUGUCAGAGAACUUUCAUUAUUCCUUUACAGGACCACACAGUGUCUGAUUCAGCACAUGGUGAAGCCUUUUUUAUGGCAGUUGAUCUUGAAAUUUCAGCUCAGUAGCAGCACUCAGUCAGUCCAAAUUAAACUCCUUGACAAGAUUGUUGUUGUUGUAAAUAAGGUUGCAUUAUUUAUGCUUUUCAGAGUUCCAUGUGAAGCAGUAACCCUCCAUUAUCAGAAUAAUGCGCGAGGAAAGGUUAAAGCAAUAUGAGCUUUUUAGAAGACAAGACUCCAUACCUCUAUUUCCCAAUGUCUUUUAUUAUCUGGAGGAGGCUGUAGAAUGGAGGGGCAUAACUGUUUAUGUAUUUUGAUUUGUUUCUUUUAAUAAUGGGACUGAAACAUUUUGGGGUUAUUUUACAUUAAAACAUUCUGUGACAACUUUGAAAAAUCUUUCUUAUUGUAUU